AUGAAUUCUGUAACACGAUUACCGCUGCGCAUUGCGCCUCGAGUCGUCCAGCGCUCAUCGUUCAUUCGUCCCAUUCACUCGACCGUUGUCAAGGCCGCCAAUGUCGCUCCGGUUGUCGGCACGGGCCCUCCUCCAGAGCCUCCAGUUCAAGCCCAAGAUGUCCACCAGCGAGUCGCCAGGAGGAGAAGGCAAGCCGAGAUGCUCAAGAACGCCAAGGAGCUUCGAAGUGCUAGCGGUGGAAAGGCUGGUGGUGCUCUGAAGAAGCGAUUCUGGAAGGAUGUUACUGUUCAGGAAGUGGAUGGCGCUCUGCAAGUCUUCCUCGAUACUCGACCUUUGAGACACCCCUCUACCAAAGCGAUUGUUCGAAUCCCGAUUACAAAGCCCGACCUUGCCUCCGCCCUCGCUCUCGAAUGGGACCUCUUGACUUCGGCUCAAGAUGCUACCAGACAUCACUUGAUCCCACUUACAAGUCUUACCUGCCGAGCUAUCGAUAUCGCCGAGGCUGACAACGCCCCCGGAUCUGACAUUUCAGAGAUUCGAAGCUCAAUUGCUACUGUGCUGCUACGAUACCUCGACACCGACUCGAUCCUCUGCUGGAACCCUCCCGCUGGAGAGUAUGACCUCAAGAACGAGGCUGGGGAAUCACUACGAGAAGUGCAGAAGCGAACAGCUGACGAUAUUGUGUCUUUCCUGACAACUCAUGUCUGGCCAGGCAUCACCAUCCAGCCCGUUCUGGAUGGACACUCACUUUUACCUCGGUCACAAGCCCCCGGAGUCCGUGAAAUUAUUCAAGGUUGGAUUGUCGGCCUCGACGCUUUCGAGAUUGCUGGACUUGAGCGGGCUGCAUUGGCUGGCAAGAGUCUAAUUGCUGCCGCGAGGUUCGUUGCAGAGUGGAGCGAAGGCUCAGUGGGCAAGGGCAAUUUGAACACUGGCAAGAAGUUUGGCGUCGAGGAAGCUGCUGUUGCUACCAGUCUUGAGGUUAAUUGGCAGACCAUGCAGUGGGGAGAGGUUGAGGAUACUCAUGACGUUGGCAAGGAGGAUGUGAGAAGACAAUUGGGCAGUGUUGUCCUGUUGGUCUCUGGAACAAGCAAGGCUUGA